AUGCCAAUGAUUAUGCAAGGGAGAACCUCUCUGAGCUUCAUCGCCAGUUUGGGAUUUACAAAUUUGCAGCUCCUGCAGUCUCUUUUGGCCGUGGUCUUCUUGCUGCAUGCGGCAGACGGUGCAAUGCUACCGGGCAUUUUCAAGGUCUGGGGCAUUUUGGCCGACCGCUAUUGCAAGCUCACUUUGCUGAUGUAUGCGAUCCUCGGCGAAAGACUCUGGGGCUUCAUCACUGCAUUGACAGCCUUCGUGACCGGUGUUCGCGUUCUCUUCAUCGUGCGGGCUGCAGCAGGCACUGUUGGUGCAGCACUGGGACCUUUGUCCCAAGGCCUAAUUGGGGCCACCUGCCCAUCGGCUGAUCGAGGCCGGGCAUUCGGUUGGCUCAUUGCAUGCGGGCAGUUGGGCUUUAUGAUUGGAGUUUUGCUAGCUGGCGCCACUUCGCAUCUUCAGGUGAUCCAUGGCUGGAGGGGCACUUUCCUCCUGAUGGGAAUCUUUACGCUUAUUUUGAGCUGGAUUGUCUACAUGGCAAAAAUGGAGGUAACACGUGGCCUCUUUCAAGAGUCCCGCACUUGGGCACAGCUCUUAGCAGCUGCAAAGCCAUCGCUAUCAGUGAUGAUUUCUUUUUGCACUUUCCUGCAGGACUUUGGCUUCAUGCUGAGACGCCCAUCAUUUUGGGUGUUGAUCACUCAAGGUGCUUUCGCCAGUACCACCGUAAAGGCCAUGCAGUACCAGGUGAUGUGGUACCAAUACCUUGGCUUCAGCGAUCUAAGUGCAGCCAGCAUUGCCUGUGCAGCGCCGUUGGGCAGCAUUUUCGGUGCAGUUUGCGGUGGCCAUAUCGCGGAUUUCGUGGCCCAGCUAUGGCCCAGGCAUGGCCGCAUUCUGUUUGGUCAAGCCUCUGACUUCCUGAAGAUUUGGGUGCUUCUAUUGACAUUUGUACCUUGA